AUGAGGGUGAACGACUGCUAUGAUCAGUUCGAAAAACCCCCAACCGUUGUGGAUUACGGUAGCAGCAAAGAGCAAACACCAUGGUUCUUUGGGUAGGUUUGGUAAAUAUUGCUUUUUAUAUUUUUUUCAUAACUUUUCUGAUAAAACUCAUAACAGAAGUACCUCAAGCACGAUGCUCAGAUUUACUUCAAAUCUUGCAUACACUUCAGAUAUAGGUUACAUAUUAAUUUCUGAAAAUUUUAGCUUGUGCUUUGCAGCCGCAGCCGAGAUAUGAAUCCAACAAUCAAUAUUUGCUGCCGAGAGAGAACGCAAAACCUGGAAAGCGGUCACAGAAAAAAAUUUCUUUUGGCCAUUGCUGGCUUCGUGCAAAAAAAGAUUUUUUUUUGUGGAAAGAUUACGGUAGAAGUAAGAAUGAAGCCUUUUAUGCCAAAAUUCGCGAAAAAAUGUCACGUUUUUGCCGACUCUUGAUCUAAAAACCCCAGAAAAAAAAUUAAUUUUAUUUGCACCAGAUUUCAUCAAAAUCUGAGCGUCGCGUUUGGAAUAUGUACUUCCUCUCUAAGUUUCAUUCAAAAUUUGCCUUUUUUAACUUUUUCAAAUUCAAUUUUUCAGCAACAAGACCCGAAUCCUGAUCUUUCUUGUGGUCACCGUGACUUUGAUGAUCAUCGUCUCCAAUGCCUUGAUCUUCAAUUUCACCGUGAUUUGUAUGAAACAGCCGUCUUCGCGGAACGCCUCAAUUUCCGAGCCCGUUUUCGACGACGUUGAGAGGAGCUGGCUGAUCUCGGUGGUCGCGAUCGGCACUUUAAUCGGGACUUUGCCAAUUACAGUGCUGACAAAUAAAUUCGGCACUCGGUAGGGAGUUUUUGAGGUCCUGUUAAGCCUUUAUUUCAGGGUUACUUUCUGCUUUUACGGAGUGAUUUCUGCGCUCUCGGUAGCACUCACCCCUCUGGCCGUGUCCUGGGGAUUUUGGCCGACGAUUUUUAUUCGAAUUGUUCAUGUAAGUUGCGGGAGUUUUGAAGAAAAGUUGCCGCAAAUUUGGAGUACUUUUUUAAAGGUAUCGCAUUUUUGACUUCAUAGAGAAAAUCGUUGAAUAUCUCGGGUCUUUUUGCAAAUCGCGGGCUAAGAUUUUCAGGGAUUGAAAUGUGGUCUAGCAAGGAAAUGUGUGGAAAGUUUGAAAAAAAUCCAGAUAAUGAGCUUUGAGAAGUUUGCAUUUUGAUCUGUCUAUAAUAUUAGGCCGUCCAUAAAGUUCUGCCAUUUUUUUCAUUGCUUUUCCUUGUAAAACAAAGCAAUGAAAAAACGAACGAACUUUCUGGACGACCUAAUAAGUCAUCAAAAAAAAUUUUUUUUGGAAUUUUUAAACCUUUACAAAAAUUAUUAACUGAAUUAAAACCCUUUUCAGGGCCUCGGUCUCACCGCCUCAUGGUCAGUUUUCGGCCAAGUCAUCUCAAAUUGGGCUGAAUUUCGACUGACUGGCACGGUCGUCGCCUAUUUAUCAUGUCAUCUUCAGCUGGCUCCAAUGUUUACAAUGCCGGUUUCUGCGUUCCUCUGCGAAUCCGAUCUCACAUGGCGCUCCUCCUAUUAUCUUCAUUCCGUAUUGACUCUAUUGAUUUUCGGAGUUUUCUACUUUUUCUACAGAGAUUCUCCAGCCGAUCAUCCGUAUGUUUUUCAAAACGCUCAAAAAGAGUGUGGGAAAUGGGGAGACUCAGACAGAAAAAAACCUAUUCACCAGAAAACAACGAAAUUUUUAGAAAUGUCUCAUCCGCCGAACUCUCCGCCAUUCGCGCGGAGAAGCCGAGAGCCGACGCCCAGAAACCGCCGAUUCCGUAUAAGGCAAUGUUCACGGACAAGUGCGUCAUUGGAGUCUUGCUCUCCGCCUGGGGCAAUAUUCUGGCGUUCCGGCUGUUUUAUCAAUACGGACCCAUCUAUUUGAAUGAGGUAAGGAAAUUUUUUUUAAUUUGUUUACUGAGAGGGAACAAAAUAGUACAGCUGAUUUAAUUUGAGGAAAAAUAUGUGAAAAAAGCAUUUUAAUAAAAUUUUUUUUUAGUAAAAAAAUAAAAAAAAAUAUUUUUCAAAAAGUAUUUUUCAAAAAAGAUUUUUUUAACCUUAAUAACAAACCAAAAAAUUUACAAUUUUUUUCCCCUUCAGAUUCUGGGCUACGACGUUGAGAACACAGGAUUCUCAGCGGCCCUUCCCUUUUUCCUCUCGAUGAUUGGGAAAUUGGUUGCUGGCCCGUUGAGCGACACUCUCCCCGGACUAACCGACAAACAAAGAGUCAUCAUUUUUGCGACAGUCUCGCAAUUACUACUGGCCGGGUGUUACUUUGGACUAGCGUUUAUCCCGGUUGAACACAAGGUUAUUGCGCAAGUCUGCUAUACCGGAGUGAUCGCGCUGAGUGGGUUGGAAACUGUGGGGGUUUUGAAGAGCAUUCAGAUGGUAAGUUGGCAAAAAAAAUUAAAAUUUUUUUUUUGUUUUUUUUUUUUUUUUUUUUUUUUUUGUGCCUGUAUGUGCUUCCAGAAAUUUAUAUGUGAAAAAAAAAUUUCCCCCAUUUCAGCUAUCCGGCCAAUUCGUCGACGUUCUGAUGUCGAUAAACGCGAUAAACGAGAGCAUUACCAUCUUCUCCUUGGCAUUUCUGGUCUCAUUUCUUGUGCCAAACAAGUCUUCCAGCGAGGUAGACUGACCUAAAAUUACGAAAAAAGGUUUCCCGAAAUUUCAGUGGGCCACCAUCUUCAUUGCCAUGGGAGUUGUGCAGAUCGUUUUUACAGUGGUAUUCGACUUCACGGCCGAGGUCACACCGCGUUAUUGGGCGUUGGGGAAAACGAAGGACGUGAGGGAAAACAAUGAUUCAGAGAGCAGUUCAAAUAGCAGUUAA